GUUUGUUUCCUUCCCGAGUUUGUUGUCUGUCAAACGUGCUGACGUCACGCGCGGCGGCGGAGCGCCCUCGCGAGUGUGUAGUAGAGAAGUUUUGCUAAUGUUGUGUGUCAUGCGAAUAUUUAGAGGCUUUCAGAAGCCAACCUGAGAUCCUCGCGUCCAGUUUUAAACGGGCGGUACGGACUGUAGACUAAAAUUUCUGGAGCAAAUGUUCGCGGAUUGGCCCCCGACGGGCGUUUUGGGAGAGUGUUCCGGGUUUGCGAACUGGCACCGCGUAACCCAAAGUACACUUUAGAAAGUUGGCAUCGGCCUGCUGUAGCAAGUCUGCAUUAUGCUGAUUUGAUCAAGUAGAUAAGAUAGCAUUAAGAAGACAUUUUUUUAAAUAACGCGAGCUCGAGUUCAGAUGCAAUGACUGCUGCGAAGUACGGAGGCGAGGAGCUCGAUUUCAGACUGACUUUUGGGGAGGACAGUCAAGCGACGGCCUCAGGCCACACAGAUGUCCAUGCAGAUAAUGGCCCGACCUACUACCACUUAACUACACUCCAACAGCCUGUUUUCCAGCGGCAUCCAGAGGUGCAAUAUGUCACCCAAUCAUCACACCCCCAAGGCCCUCUUACCAGCAACUAUGCUGCUUCGAGCUCUGGCUCCAAUCCUGUAGAUUCUCCAAGCCGUGUGUUUGAUUGCCCCAGCAUUCAGAUCACUUCCAUCCCGACGACCUGCCAACAAGAUCUGGGUGCCCAGCAACACAGGGUCCAUUUAGAGCAAGAAGGAGCCUCUGGUCCUUUAACAUCCAGAGACCAGCUGUAUUUACCUCUAGAUGUGUCCUAUAGAGACACCUCGGCAUUGUGCCCGAGUCCCUGCAGUAGCUUGUCGUCCCGCAGCUGGCUCUCAGACGCCUCCUCCUGUGAGUCUUUCUCCCAUGUUUAUGAUGACGUGGAAGCUGAGCUGACUGAAGCAACAGCGAGUUUCAGGUUUACAUCGCCACUCGUGUCACCGCAGGGCUCUCCUCUGCCCUCUCCUCUCGCCUCACCCCAGGUAUCACCACAGGUGUCUCCUAUGGUGUCGCCAUUUGGCUCUCCAUCCUGUGCAUACACUGAGGACCCUUGGUCUCGUUAUCAUCAACAGCAGCGCCCCUACUCUCAUUCACUGUCGCCCCAUCAUUCACCUUAUCAGUCACCUCGCACUAGUGUUAACGAGGACACCUGGCUCAGUGCCCGGCCGCACUCGUCAUCCUCCUCAAAACCCUCUUCUCGUCCCACUUCGCCAUAUGGGAAGCGCCCAUAUUCCAGCACCGAUGGUAUACAAGGCUCGUCCUCACCUCAUUUCUCUCCCACCCCGAGCCCGUCUCAUUCUCCACGAGGCAGUGUGACUGAUGAGACAUGGUUGGGAAGUACUUCCAUGAUGGCUGGCACCUUCCAGGCCUGUGCACCUGACAUGGACAUCCCCUCUAAAACCAGACGGACUUUUCAGAGUAACCACAGUCAGGAUUGUAUGGCCGUGUUGCCUGGGGAUUCAGGGCUUGAGGAGAAUAGCCUUGUGUCCCCCUCGCUGGAUUCAAAUAUAGAAGUGUCACUGCCACCAAUGAAGAAAGAAGACAUAGUGGAACACUACUUGUCGGUCCCUACACCUUUUACUUGGGGAAAACCUAAACAAUCACACAAUCCUUUGUUCAGGUCCACAUCUUUACCCUCACUGGACUGUUCACUGCCCAGCCAGUAUGGGCAGUGUGAGCUAAAGUUGGAGGUUCAACCCAGACCCCACCACAGAGCCCACUAUGAGACAGAGGGCAGUCGAGGAGCCAUUAAAUCAGCAUGUGGAAGACACCCUAUUGUGAAGCUAUUUGGGUACAAUGAGAAACCAGUCACCCUGCAGAUGUUCAUUGGGACAGCCGAUGAUCGUCAUGUGAAACCACAUGCAUUUUAUCAGGUGCACAGGAUAACAGGAAAGACUGUAGCCACUCCGAGCCAGGAGAUGGUGAUCGGCAGCACCAAAAUCCUAGAGAUUCCUCUUCUUCCUGAAAACAACAUGUCUGCCAGUAUUGACUGUGCUGGGAUUCUGAAGCUCAGAAAUUCUGACAUUGAGUUGCGGAAGGGGGAAACCGACAUCGGGCGCAAGAACACACGUGUGCGAGCUGCGUUCCGUGUGCACAUUCCCCAGGCCAACGGAAAAGUGCUCUCGCUGCAAGUGGCCUCCAUCCCUAUAGAGUGUUCCCAGCGCUCAGCCCAGGAGCUUCCUCAGAUAGAGACAUUCAGCCCUACCUGUGACUCUGUGAUGGGAGGCCAGGAGCUGCUGAUCACCGGCCCAAACAUCACCCCAGAGUCAAAGGUCAUCUUCCUGGAAAAAGGCCAUGAUGGUCGAACUCAGUGGGAAGUGGAUGCAAAAACAGUUCAUGAAAAGAGUAGAGAUACUAGCAUUGUGGUGAAAAUCCCUCCAUAUCGUAAGAGGAUCUUGGGGUCGUCUGUACAGGUACAGUUUUACAUCAGCAAUGGGAAAAGGAAGAGGAGCCUUAUGCAACGCUUUACUUAUGUCCCAGCAGUGCAGGUCAAGCAGGAAUAUGACCGUGUUGAAGAUACUACAAUCUGUGACCAAGCAGAGCACUUCAGCCCUCUGGAGCAGUGGCUCUACUCUGCAGGCCCAGUUUGUGUUCCAUCCUCCACUCAGCGUAGCUUCUCUCCCAUGGGUUCUCCCUAUCUCAGUCGACAUCAUCCUCCAGAUGGCAGCCUCAGUGAUACAGCUGGGCUUCACCCAAUAUUACACCCAUCAUCAGUGGCUUUUGUUAAGCCCUCCUCAUAUCAAGGACCUCAGCAAAACCUCUCUUACAAUGGACAGCUUAGUCUUCCCUGUGAUGUUGCAUCAAUGCAAGGAGGCAGACCAUCAGCUGUUAUGUCUGAGAAUGUGAGCUCUGUACUAGGAAUUGGGUAUCAAAACACUCCUGGAGGUGUUCAUAGCUUGAAUCAAGUCUCUGAUCAGAGGCAUAACGAGGGCUACCUCAGCCCUACCUCAGGGACAAACCAGUGUGAUCCAAAUAGCCUCAAUAACUAUCGAUCUGCUCGUGAUUCUGAAGAGCUGGUCAUGUUUCCAAAAUCCUCGUCCUCUCUGGAGGUUCUUGCCUCCACCAUAGUGCCUUCUACCUCACACUUGAACAGAGAGGCUCUUGUAAACCCAAAAUCUAAUGCAUCCCUUUCCCCAACUGGUACAAGUGGAACCAUAAGCUCUUCGGGAGCUGGAGCUUCAUCAAACCACUCCAUGGAUGGACAGAGGCUUAACAUUAAACAGGAACCGGAGAAGGAGAAGGAGCUCACCUUCCAAUCCAUCGGGCUGGAGGAUAUCACUCUUGAUGAUGUGAGUGAGAUCAUAGUGAGAGACUUAUUCCAGAGUCCAGAUUCAGCACCGGAUGGAUGCUCAUAGCUUAAAGUAGCCAUACCUGAGAAAUCAGGAAUGCAGCACUGUGGAUGCAGGACUUGGCGUAUGUACUCUGACUGCCACUAAAGAGAAUAAAUAAAUAAAUGAAUGUGUCAAUGAAGAUCGCUAUAUACUAUGAUGACUUAAAGCUAUGCUAGGUUAUAUCCUAUCUUGGCAAAUGUGAAUGUUCAGUCUGAGACUUUUAUUAUUAUUUUUUUUUAACAUUAAGGACUCUUUUGCUGGAUUUAAUGUGUCUUUUGCUGAGGUGCCUUAAGUGUAAAAUAUUCAACUCUUUGCUAAAUGUUGACUGUGAAGCAUAUUUAAGACUCAAAACUAUGCAAUAUGGUUUUAUAAACAAAAUAUUUUAGAAUAGCUGCAUAGGAUCAUUUGGACUGUUACACUGUCAGCUGGGUGUGUUAGUUUAUCACAUUUCUGAAUUGUUUUUAUUUGUAAUUUGGCAGAGCUUAGUUGCAGAAAUGGCAUUAAUUUGAAAUGCUUUCAGGUAAAGAACCCACUAAGUGAUAGACACUUAUGUGUCUAUGUGUUAAGUGAUUGUUUCCCAAAACCAAGGUUUGUAUUUAUGAAUUUGUAUGAAACAUUAAGGUACAUGACAUGUAUUGAAAUUCAUAUUAGUUUUGUGGAAAGAUUUAAAAUAAAAGCAUUUUGUCCUUAUAUACUUUGAACAUAA